UUUUACUUCAGAGGGGAACUCAAGGGAGAGGAGAGGGUGAAGGGUUAAUUUGUAGCUGGGGAAACCUGAUGCUAAUUAAGUCUCAGGAAUGCCACAUACACUGACAUUGUAGUGCCGAAGCCCUCAGAGUGGGUCAGGCAUGGAGAGAGACGGCAGUAAUGCGUGAGUCCAGUGUUUUUACUCCUUUGUGACGGUCGGGAAAAGCCAGCCUCACCAAACCCCGGAGCUGAAGGCAGAGUAAGCCCACAUAUUAGAUGCGAAAAUGCUUUUACUGACAUCUCUGCUGUUGCUGCAACUCUCCUGGGUAUCGCUGCACAACGCCGCGCAAGCUGUAGCGGAGAUUUGCCGGGGGACGCACUGCUAUGGCGGAGACACCGGUGAUCCAAGACCGUGCACCGGGGCGCACUGUCCGGGGAGCCGAUCUUCCAGACCCCCGCGGCAGUUUAACCCGUCAACGCAGGGGAAAACGGCUCAUGUAGCCGCCAGCCAACACCGCGUGUACCCGAGCUCUCCAAGAGCGGCAUCGGAGACUUUUCCAGGCGCCCAGCUGCUACUGCGCGGGCGGCACAGCGACGGCAGCACUCGGAGGAGUGCGCCUGAAGUUUUACCUGCAGGAUGCACCGAUGCGGAGUGCGCUGUUCAUGUGAAACAAUUUCAACCCAGCAAUGACACCCGAGACUGUAAAGGGAUCGAGUGCAGACUGCCACUGAGGAUACGGCCAAAAGCUCGAGCAGUGGCUUGUGUGGGAGAAGGAUGUCUGGCCGGUUCAGAGGAGAGCGUGCCUCCUGUACAUCUGUCGGACAGAGCCUCGCAGUUUCUGGGGGAUUUUCCGGAGUUUGAAUAUCCAUCGUCGGAACUUGGCGCAGCGCCUUUAGGUGUCCAGCUCACAUGUGAUAUCAAGCCAGGAGAGAAUGAAGUUCCUUCAGAAGAUGCCCUCAUCUUGCACCUCCAGCUGUCCAAGGGGCAGGAGAAGCUUGUGGAGGCCCUGAGAGCCCAGCAGAUUAUCAUCCGCGAUCUGCAGCAGAAGCUCGCUGACCAACAGGAGGCCCUGCUGUCGCAGCAGCGUGAGAUCCUGCAGCAGCAGCAGCGAAUGUAUGAGCAAAUGGAUGUGGUGAAGGCCCAGUACGGUCUUCUCUCAGACACCUUCAAACAGGUUUCCUUCCAGGGCCUGAAGGGCGAGCUGCAGAGCUACUUCGAGAGCCAGCUGGCUGGACUGCAAAGCCAAGCCCGCAGCCACCUGCAGAAAUCCUACGCCGUCCACAAAGUGGACAUCAACUCUAAGGUGAUGGAUGUGGUCGGGGAGGCUCACUUUCCUCAGCCUCUCCUGGGAUGCCCUUCACCCUGUGGAUCAGAGGAGUACUGUGACUUUCAAAAGGACCCACCUCGGUGUGAAAAGUGCACCAUGUGUCCACCAGGUUUCUUCCUCGUCUCGCAGUGCUCUCCAACUGCGGACAGAAUGUGCCAGGACAGAGACGAAUGCCUUGAAUUACCAAAUAUUUGUGGAGAGCGAGUGAAGUGCCUUAAUACUCCAGGGGGAUUCAGGUGUCUGGGCAUUUCUGAGAGAGACGCAAUAAUGGGCUUGUGCGGUCAUGAAUAUUUCUACAACCAGGAGCUGCAGGAGUGCCAAGCCUGCUCUGACUGUGAUGGAGAGCCUGUCACCGUUCCCUGUACAGCAGUCAGUGACGCCAUCUGUGGCCAGCUUUCGGAGACCCGGCUCUCUGAGUCUUGGAUGGCGAAUGUGGCAGUUCCCCCCGCCAGGUCAUCUGGCACCCACAUCUUUCCUGGGCUUCAGCUAAACAUACGAAGCAAAGAAAAAAGCGAUUUGCUGUCCAACCAGUUGGGCCAGUUGACCUUCCAGCAGCACGGGCUGGUGUGGUUGGAUCAUAACUUUGCAAUUAAGCACAGUUGCAGGAACUUCCUCCAGUUGGGGAUGAGGCUAAAUGGGAGCCAGGAAGAGGAGGGUAAGGACCUCAGCGGUGUUCGCAUCGAACAACCGGAUGGGAAGUAUUUCCAGGGGGUCAGCGUCAGUACCGGGGUGGAGGUGGAGCCUAACCACACCUUCACACUGCUGUUGAGGAGUCCAAAUCAACACUGCAAUCAGAGCAAAGAUCUUCACGUGUACGAUGCCGCAGGGCCCUCUUUGAGUCUGCUCUGGUUGUCUCAUGAUACUGGUGCUGUAGCUAUGACAGCUCAGAUGUCCCUGCUGAUGCACUACCAGACCAGCUACCGCCCAACUUUCCGCAUAACCUCAGUUUCAGACCCCUACAUGAUCAGCCUGACUCAUGACAACCGUGGGGUGCGCUUCACCGAGCGCGGAGUGGUCAAGUUUGUCCUUCAGCAAGCGUUUUACUCCAUGGGGCACACCUGCAUUCGAGAGGGUUUCUCCUUGAUUGCCUAUAUUAACCGCAACGGAACCGGCCAAGAGGUGAUGCAGAAUUUUAAGACUGGUGUUAAUUACAGGGACACUUCCAUUACACUCUCUGGUGCUGUGAGCGUGGACAGUGGAGACAUGCUCAACUUCGAGAUCACAUCCCCGUCUCAGUGCAACGUCCGCUAUUUUGGGGACAGCACUGGAAUCAGUAUUUUGAGUCUCAUCUGGAUUCCUUCAGCAGUGUCGUCAGCCUUUACAGCGACUGUGUCCAGGACCGGUCUUCCCUUUGGAGCGGUGAGGAAUAAACCUCUAUUGUUCCAGCAGAUCAGCCCAGAUACACCGCAGGUCCACUUGGCCCGCUCUGGGGAGCCAAACAGCCGGAAGAACUUUAUAUUCCGCGAGAAAGGAACAGUGAACAUAGCUCUCAACCUCAAGCUGAUCCACUCUUGUAAUAUAGUUAAACUCACUCUGCAGCGGGUAGGGGGUCAGGGCAAGCAGGCUGGUCCUGUGGCUCAGCAGGUGUCAGGAUCUAUGCCUGAAGGAAGCGAGUGGGCCAGUGUAGGGCUGAGAGCCUCAUUUCAGGUCCAGAAUGGCACGGCUCUGUACGUCACGCUGGACUGCAUCCGUGGACGAAUUAACCAGAUAGCACACGAGGGCGGCACUAACAUUUCAAUUCUCUGGGUGGCAGUGUGAUCCAAGAAGGGGCUGAGCUUUUCUCAUCAGUACAUUUUGUGGAAAAAGACAGUUUUGCACAUGUUGAAUUGCAGAGCAGUUUCAAAAUUCACCAAAGGACGAAUACGGGCUGAUAAAAUGUAGUCUUCUUUUCCACAUAUCCUGUCACAUUAUCUUUAAUGUAUAUUUCUGCACCUGUAUAGACGUUUAUGAUUACUUUUUUUGUAGGGUGUAACACUUAGAUGCUAAAAGUACUGCUUUUUGCUUGAAGUACUUCGGCUGGUUGAGCAGUGACCAAUUCUACAUCAAAUGUCUGAAUGUGUGAGUGUGUGUGUGUGUGUCUGUAUGUGUAAAUGGUGUGCAUACUUGGAAAUGGUGCUUAUGUAUGUCUGUGCGUAUGUACACACACAUUGGCAUGUCUACUUUUGCAUAUGAAUCAUUUAAUAUGUAUAUAUUAAUACUUAACAUCCAUAUUGUAUUAAACCUUUUUGUAUUGAAUUAUGAGGUUGUUAAAGCAGUAUUUUAACAUUUUGGGAAAUGCAGUGAACCAUUUUCUGGAGGACAGUUUCAUGAGUGGACCAGUGCAAACCUAGUGAUUAGUUAGCACAAAAACUGCAAACAGGGGAAACAGGUGACCUGGUUUUAGCCAAUAGUAUGGAAAUUUAUUAGCAUCUCUAAUACAAAUCAGCAUUUAACCCAAGGAACAUUCCCUGCUUCAUCCAUCUGUGUCUACAAGGCAUAACCUUAUUAUAUUCAGUAGUGAUUCCAGUUAGUGUAGUUCUUUGAAGUCCAGCUGAAGCACGUGUAGUUGCAUUUGUAGUUUAUCUCUUGUAGUGUAAUGUCUCUGUGGACUAGCCGAAAAGCAGAUCCACACAGAACCUUGCAUUCAGUGUCUAAUAACAAAAUUUAUAGAAUUCAUACACAAUAUGUCUGUGUAGGUUCUCAGUCGUCGAGGUCAUGGUAGUCUUAAGUGCUUGAAGUGAACUAGCUCAUGAAUGAGGUUUUACCUGUCAUCCAUUAUCUCUAUCUGUAACAAGUUAGUGAUGGGGGGUUCAGCAGCCCGUAGGACCACAACUGCAGCAGUUAAAUAUCUGUGACUCUCCAUCAGUUUUUAGAACCGACUAAGCCACUUGGAUGAAAGGUAACAUGUCUUCUUUCAUCAGAAAGAAGUCAUGUUACCUUUAUUUCAAGCGCUUUAGGCAUUCUAGCCAGGUGAACCUUUGCAUCCUCACAGACACAGAAACUGUAACACCUUUAACCUAUCAAAUGUGUUAAGUCACAGCAUUGCGUCGUAGGGUACCCACAUUUUGGCACUGCUCUAGGCUAGCACAGAAAACCUGGAAGCAUAUAAAUACACUUCAGUUCCAACUAAAAUGCAGGCUGGGGAGGUGUAUGUUCUUGGCUUUGAUUGGUAGCGUCUUGGCUUGUUGAACUCACUUGGCAAAUGCUCAGAGUUAGGAAAUAAUCCCUCAUAAAGCAGCUAAAUUACACAUUAGCUUUUGCUGAGACUCCGUUAAGAUGGAUGUAGUCACCUUGACAUCAUCAGCUGAACUUUUUACCUCUUGUUUCGUAGUCUUUUUUUAGCGUCUUGGCACCAUUGUGGUGGAGAAGUCUGGUUCAGUCCCUUCUAGCUAGCAGAGAUAAACAGCUAAUAGCUACAGCUGCCUGUGUUGGCAUUCACCUGUAGCAAUUCAGUCAGCAUUACACAGAUAUCAUGAAGGGGCACCAACUUAGGAUGUUAUUAGUCUGUUUAAAGGACAUCAAAGAAAACCAGUUUUUGCAUCAGGCUGUGAACAUGUCUACUGUGAAUAUGUGUUUUAAGUAGGGAGUUGAAGCUAGCCUCGAGGCUAAUUUGAGGACCUGGAGUUUCUGGCACUUCUACAGUAGCUUCAUUUUUUUCAGCCCUUGACGGCUCUGCUUUUUUGUUGUACAGAUUAAACAAACACAAUUUAACUUGUAAAUCGUUGAGCUUUGACAAUACUGGCAGGCUGUUUUUUUCUAAACUACUGCACAAAACCAAGCCAGCUGUUUCCCUCUGUUUCAUUCUCUGUGUGUAGCUAAACUAAGCUAAUUUCAUAGAUAACACAACGAUAUGAGAAUGCUAUCAUUGUUCUCAUCUAACUUCCUUUCAACAUAUGGUAAUUUGCUGAAAUAUAUAAAAACUAGUCUCACCAAAUCUAUUGUAGUACCAUUUAAAAGAGCAGGGAUUUAAAAAAAAGAAGAAGUUGUUUUUGGUAUUUAUUUUAUGAAGCAGGACCUUUGUAUUCUGCUGUGGAAUGCAUAUGAGUUGUCAGGUAUGAUAAAACAGUAAAAAUAUGUAUAGUAUGGAGUAAAGCACUGAGUAGACAUGUAGUGAUAGUGUCUGCUUGUACACAUAUAGUUUUGCGUAGUAUUAUGGAAUAUGCAAACAUCUUCCUUUGUUAUUCUUUUGCCUAAACGCUGUUCCUCUGUAAAGAGCUGCCCAUGCAUAUCCCUCCUAAUUGCCUCUGUGUGUGUUCUGUCCUCUGAGCAAUUAGGCAUAAUUAAGUGUUUCAGAGAGCUGGCAGCAAAGGCGCCGCUGAAAUUCUUCACCUUUUUUCUCACUUCUUUGCACGCGGUGAUACUUUUGAGGUGCUUUUAGACUCCCUGCAAGCUUCUUGUGGAACGUCAGUGUAUUUACAGUAUUCUGGUUCAACACCAAAUAAAAUAUACAUAUAUUUUGCCAUAAAA